GCUCUGUACAGUUGAAACCGGGAUUCAUCCAUGAAGAGCACACUUUUCCAGUGGCCAUCGAAGGUGAGAAUUUUCCCACUGAAGUCGGUUACGAACGCCCAACUGCAGUCAGGUCAAGACCCUGGUGAGGACAACGUGCACGCGGAUGAGCUUCCCUGAGACAGUUUCUGACAGUUUGUGCCGAAAUUCUUCGGUUUUGCAAACCCACAGUUUCAUCACCUGUCCGGGUGGUUGGCCUCAGAUGAUCCCACAGAUGAGGCCGGUCGGAUGUAUUGCCAAAUUCUAUAAAAUGACGUUGAAGGCGGCUUAUGGUAGAGAAAGUAACAUUCAAUUCUCUGGCAACAGCUCUGGUGCUCAUUCCUGCAAUCAGCAUGCCAAUUGCACGCUCCCUCAAAACUUGAGACAUCUGAAAUUCUCAUCAACAGGGAUGUAAACAACUUUGUGCACAAAAUUUGAGAGAAAUAUGUGUUUUGUGCAUCUGGGAAGUUUCUGGGAUCUUUUAUUUCAGCUCAUGGGACCAACACUUUACAUGUUGUGUUUCUAUUUUUGUUCAGUAUAUAAAGAGAACUUCCAGUAUCACUGCAUUGAAUGUAUCCCCUUUACUGACAGCAGGACUCUAAAUAUAUUACUUCUUGGAGGACAAUGUCUAGGACUGUGGGUUGUUUAUGUACAAUGCAGAUACAUGGUUCUACUGGAAUUGUUGAAAAACGAACUGGGGCAGUACUGUCUCACCACAAAUGAUGGACAAACACUAGAUGCCUUGCUCGGCAUGGAAGGUAAAAUUGUUAUUCUCAAACCGUACGUAUUAAAAUGGCAGAGCUGGGUGUUCCGUGUGCACUUGUUUUAUGUGUGAAGCCAGGUAAAUUCUGUUGCUAUGAGAAAGUAAAUGUGAGUGUGCGUACAUGUUAUACAAUUAAUAUCAACUGGGAUAAUAUCUAAUACCAACUGUGAUUACUAAUAUAAACUGUGAUAAUAUAUAAUAACAACUGUAUGUAUUAGAAGGGUAUGUUUUUAGUCCUUUUCUUUAACAAAGGGUAUGCCAUACCCUCACAUACUUCCUCAAUUCGAGCCCUCAGCGUCUUUCUGAGUUGAGAGCAAUUGAAUCCCUGCCUCCUCUAUCAUUUCACAAUACAAUCAAAUCAAGCCACUGCAUUUGGAUUCCAAGCCAAUGUCACCACAUGAGCGCUAGGGGGUAGCAGAUGCGUUGUCUAUUAUGUUUCGACAGCGUUUGUCUGCUACUACUUGCCGUAGUUGCCGGGUAUUAGAGGUCAGCGGGAGGAGGUGUGCGUCUGAAAUAUUUCGUGCAAAAUGUCAUGAAAGUACUGAAAAUAAAGGAAUAUAGCGUUUUAAACAAUUAUGUCAUUUACAAGAAUGUGUAUCGCUGUUGAGCGCGGAACUUCAAUUGUACAAGAAGCGAGAGAAAAGAUAACGAAUUAACGGAGAAAUUCCUCCGUCCGUUUUGUCCUACAAAGAAAGAGGCGCCGAUCACAGUUUGACAGCGUAGUCUAAACUGCGCAGGCCUGGCAUUAGAUAAACUGCCGUGGGGCGGCAUCUGAAAGAAUAAAUGAUAUUUAUGAAAGAACAAAGACUUUAUUGAUUUGUGAAUAAAAAAACAGUUGCAAAUAUGAGGAAGGACGUGAGGAUAUUACUCGUUGGGGAACCCAAAGUGGGGAAGACGUCUCUGAUCAUGUCACUGGUCAGCGAGGAGUUCCCUGACGACGUUCCCCUUCGAGCGGAGGAGAUCACCAUCCCAGCAGACGUAACGCCAGAGAGAGUCCCCACACACAUCGUGGACUACUCAGAAGCAGAACAGUCAGACGAGCAGUUGUAUCAAGAAAUAUCGAAGGCAAAUGUUAUUUGCAUAGUUUACUCAGUCAACAACAAGAAGUCCAUUGAGAAGGUGACAAGCCAUUGGAUUCCCCUCAUAAACGACAGGACGGACAAGGAUAGCAGGGUACCACUGAUCCUGGUGGGGAAUAAGUCAGACCUGGUAGAACACAGCAGUAUGGAGACCAUCCUGCCCAUCAUGAACCAGUACUCUGACAUUGAGACCUGCGUGGAGUGCUCUGCCAAAAACCUGAAGAACAUCUCAGAGCUGUUCUACUAUGCCCAGAAGGCAGUGCUCCACCCUACAGGACCCCUGUACUGCCCAGAGGAGAAGGAGAUGAAGCCGUCUUGCAUCAAGUCUCUAACUCGCAUCUUCAAAGUGUCGGACCUGGACAACGAUGGCAUCCUCAACGACAAAGAACUCAACUUCUUCCAGAGGACGUGUUUCAACAUGCCCCUGGCGCCCCAGGCCUUGGAGGAUGUCAAGAACGUGGUGAGGAAGAACAUGACGGACGGAGUCGAGGACAACGGACUCACGCUCAAAGGGUUCUUGUUCCUGCACACGCUUUUCAUCCAGAGGGGUCGUCACGAGACCACCUGGACGGUGCUGCGGAGGUUCGGGUACGACGACGACUUGGAGCUUCACCAGGAGUACCUGUUCCCCCUGCUAAAAAUACCUGCUGACUGCACCACCGAGCUCAACCACAACGCGUACCUCUUCCUCCAGAGUGUCUUUGACAAGCACGACAAAGACAGAGACUGUGCCUUGUCUCCAGACGAAGUAAAGGACCUGUUCAAAGUGUUUCCCUACAUGCCCUGGGGUCCCGACGUCAACAACACAGUGUGUACCAACGACCAGGGCUGGAUCACCUACCAGGGUUACCUGUCACAGUGGACGUUAACGACGUACCUGGAUGUGCAGCGCUGCUUGGAGUACCUGGGCUACCUUGGCUACUCAAUCAUCUGUGAGCAGGAGUCCCAGGCAGCAGCCAUCACAGUGACCCGUAACAAGCGCAUCGACCUGCAGAAGAAGCAGACGCAGCGCAGCGUGUUCCGCUGCAACAUUCUGGGAGCCAGGGGGAGUGGCAAGACCAGCUUCCUGCAGGCCUUCCUGGGUCGCAACCUGCUGAAACAGCGGAAGAUCAGAGAAGACCAUAAAUCGUUUUACUCCAUCAACACCACGUAUGUCUACGGCCAGGAGAAGUACUUACUGCUUCAUGAGGUGAUGCCAGACUUUGACUUCCUCUCAGAGGAGGACCUGGCGUGUGACGUGGUCUGUCUGGUGUAUGACGUCAACAACCCGCGCUCCUUUGAGUACUGUGCCAAGGUCUACAAGCAAUACUUCAUGGACAGCAAGACGCCGUGCAUGAUGAUCGCCUCCAAGUCGGACCUGCACGAGGCGCGCCAGCACUACAGCCUGACCCCGCUGGACUUCUGCCGCAAGAACAAGCUGCACCCGCCCCAACCCUGGACCUGCAACACGGUGGAUGCCCCCAACAAAGACCUCUACACCAAACUCACCACCAUGGCCAUGUACCCCCACGCCAAGCUCCGCUGCAUGUGUACCUGCAACAGGUGCACCUUCUGCAUCUGUCAGAACAUCCUCCGGUCCCAGCUACUGACAAAUAUAAAGGCCAAAUUCUACAGUGUUGUUCUGAACAGGUUACAUGAUGUGGGCGCCUAUCUGUUGGCUGACGAGGAGUGCAGUCUGAUCCAGCAGGUUCACGCCAUCAGUAAUGUAGAGGAGUCUAUCUACAUGGAGUCUUCUGUCCAGCUCUAUGGGCCCCAGGCCAGGCACAUGGCUCAGGCAGACCUGAAGAGCUGUACGUUUUGGCUAAGGGCAAGCGUGGGGGCAACCGUGUUUGCAGUCCUGGGCUUCGCUAUGUACAGAGCUAUCCUCAAACAACGAUGAUCUGGACAGACACAGGAUGCAUGAGAUGACCCGCCCCCCACCGCCUAGUCUCUGCCCUUUGACCCCUCACCCCCUCCCUGAAAGAAAACAUGACCUCCAACAUCCCACAAUCCUCUGCCCCCCUUCCCCAAAAAAGAGAGAACUACUGAAUGAAAUGGAACUUCCAGCCCAUCUGAACCACCCUGAUCCCACAUCCACCCUACCGGAGAGGGAACAAACCAGAGAAACCAUAGAUUGAUUUUAUAUAUUUAAAACAGAGAGAAAAACGAGUCAUCUUUUGCAAACAGUUUUUUGUUUUCUUGGGGGUUUUCUUUGGGGGAAAAAAUGUCACCACAAACUCACAUUGUGUAUAUUGAACACCAUCUAAUCAAUCUACUGCAGGCAUUCUGGUAUCGUGUGAUCUGGUCUAGUCUUGGGGUUUUUCUUCUCCAGGUCAGACAGUAGUAGUUGCUGGUUGUUUUUAAAUCUGUGUAGAACCCAGCCUUUUUUCUCAGGUCAGUAUUAUAGCUGGUUUGACCCCCAGAGCCCGAGAAAGCAAAGAAGGCAGCCGCAUACAACUCACUACAAAAGGGACUGAAAAUAUUUGUUUAUAGAAGUGUGUGUAUAUAUAAAUAUAUAUAUUUGCUCGGGUACUUAGAGAAAUACCCAACCAGAUUACGGCGUGAAUAAAGCAUUCAGCUCUGUAACACCUCAACAGUGAAUAAAGCAUUCAGCUCUGUAACACCUCAACAGUGAGCCUACAGGAAGAGCUGCAAAGUCAAAGCCAUUUUUAACGUUGAAAAGGUCAUGGGUUUCGUGCACGUGUUUCAAUUGCUAUUAAUUUAUUAACCUGUUUUCUUUGGUUUAUCUGUUUGGAAUGGUUUGUUCAGCAUUGCAUGAAACAGACACACUUCAAGAGGAUAAUGCAUUCAUUUUCCAUGUGUUUUUGUACAUCUAGUAUUAUCAAAGCCGUUAAUAAUGACAUCCAUCAUUCACUUACUCUGAAAGACAAAAGACUACAACAUUACCAUGACUGUAUCUGCUUCUUCCUCGACUUGUUUUAUUUUCCUGUUUUAAAAUAGCUUUUUUCCUUUCAUAUUCUGAUUUGUAUUUUUAUGUUCCACUAUUAUGCCUACAGAUGACACUGUUAUUAACAGCCAGGCAGUGCACCUCUGACUCCCUCCUUGAACCAUGGACGGAACUGUUUAUUCUCAUUGACUUUUCCAACAUUUACAAUAAAGAACUGUGUGAUCUGA